CCCAGUUCUCCAAAGGAGUCUACGCCAUCUUUGGGUUUUAUGAACGGAGAACUGUCAACAUGCUGACCUCCUUCUGUGGGGCCCUCCAUGUCUGCUUCAUUACACCGAGCUUUCCCGUUGACACCUCCAAUCAGUUCGUCCUUCAGCUGCGCCCUGAGCUGCAGGAUGCUCUUAUCAGCAUCAUCGACCAUUACAAGUGGCAGAAAUUUGUCUACAUUUAUGAUGCCGACCGGGGUCUGUCCGUCCUGCAGAAAGUCCUGGACACAGCUGCCGAGAAGAACUGGCAGGUGACAGCAGUCAACAUUUUAACCACCACAGAGGAGGGAUACCGGAUGCUCUUUCAGGACCUGGAAAAGAAAAAGGAGAGGCUAGUGGUUGUGGACUGUGAAUCAGAACGCCUCAAUGCCAUCUUGGGCCAGAUCAUAAAGCUGGAGAAGAACGGCAUCGGCUACCACUACAUCCUUGCAAAUCUGGGUUUCAUGGAUAUUGACUUAAACAAAUUCAAGGAGAGUGGAGCAAAUGUUACAGGUUUCCAGUUGGUGAACUACACAGACACCAUCCCAGCCAAGAUCAUGCAACAGUGGAAGAAUAGCGAUGCUCGAGACCACACCCGAGUGGACUGGAAGAGACCUAAGUACACCUCUGCGCUCACCUACGACGGGGUGAAGGUGAUGGCUGAGGCUUUUCAGAGCCUGCGGAGGCAGAGAAUCGAUAUAUCCCGCCGAGGGAAUGCUGGGGACUGCCUGGCUAACCCAGCUGUGCCGUGGGGCCAGGGGAUCGACAUCCAGAGAGCGCUGCAGCAGGUGCGGUUUGAAGGCUUGACAGGAAACGUGCAGUUUAAUGAGAAGGGACGCCGGACCAACUACACCCUCCAUGUGAUUGAAAUGAAGCAUGAUGGCAUCCGAAAGGCCAACUCCUCCUCAGCCUUGAGCACUGAGAGUAAACGUCACUCCCUAGGGAAGCCUUCCCUGGCCACCUUGCCUCAUGGCGGCCUCUAUUUUUCUGUCCACUGCCUCCAUCACAUUCUUUAUUCCUUAUGGUGUCACAAUGCAGUG